AUGAAGAGCGUAAUCAAUUUGGCUGGACCAGUCGUCAAGAUCAUUGAAACCGCCAUCCCCGAACCCAACGAUGAUCAAGUGGUGAUCAAGGUUGUAGUGUCCGGUUCUAACCCCAAGGACUGGAAAGUGCCCGAUAUUGCUGCCAUUGAUGGACACCCAUUUUUUGAGCGGUACUCGCAGGUUCGGGAGGGCGUCAACCAGGGCGAUGAUAUCGCAGGUAUCGUUGAGAAGGUGGGUAAGAACGUGGUCGAGUUCAAGCCCGGUGACCGAGUUGCAGCAUUCCAUGAGAUGCUGGCCCCCGGCGGCUCCUACGCGGAGUAUGCUUUGGCAUGGAGCCACACAACCUUCCACCUGCCGAAGGAGACCUCCUUUGAGGAAGCUUCAACUAUUCCCCUAGCGGGGUUAACAGCCGUUGUUGCGCUUUAUCACCAUUUGGCGCUGCCCUUCCCCUGGGCACCAGCGAAGAAUGCUAUCCCCCUCAUUGUGUAUGGCGCCAGCACAGCUGUUGGAGCAUUUGCUAUCAAGCUCGCGCAGAAGAGCAACAUCCACCCCAUCAUUGGUGUGGCUGGUAAAGGAGCACACUACGCCCAGCAGUUUCUGGAUUCAAGCAAAGGUGACUGCAUUGUUGACUAUCGCAACGGACCUGAGGAGACCAUCCAAAAAAUCAGGAAAGUCGCUGGAGGAGCAGAGAUCCGACACGCAUUGGACACCAUCGUUCUGGAGCAGAGUACCCAUGUACUGAGAUCCGUUGUCGCUCCCGGAGGCAAUGUUAACCAUGUCUUGGCCAGUCCCCCAGACCUGUCUCCUGCUGUCGCAACCAACACCUGGGUCAGCUCCGCCCACCAGGAGGGAGGAGCAGAUGACUGUCGGGACCUUUGCUUCCUGUUCUGCCGCUGGAUCGGUCGAGGUCUGCAACGGGGAACAUUCUCAGGACAUCCGUUUGAAGUGAGACCCGGUGGCUUGGAGGGAGUUCAGGACGCUCUGAAGGAUCUGAAAGAGAACAAAGCCAGUGCCGUCAAGUAUGUCUUCCGCAUCGCUGACACGCCGGGUCUUUCGUGA